AUGGACCAAAACAAUUACACUUCUCUACACAGUUUUGUUCUGCUUGGUUUCUCUGACCAUCCCAAACUGGAGAUGGUCCUAUCAGGAGUUGUCACUAUCUUCUACUUCAUUACAUGGCUGGGUAACACAGCCAUCAUCCUUGCAUCUCUGCUGGAUCCCCAUCUUCAAACACCAAUGUAUUUUUUCCUUAGGAAUUUAUCUUUCCUGGAUCUGUGCUUCACAACUAGCAUCAUCCCUCAAAUGCUGGUUAACUUGUGGGGACCUCACAAGACCAUCAGCUAUGUGGGCUGUGUCACUCAACUCUAUGUUUAUAUGUGGUUGGGGUCCUCUGAGUGUCUCCUCCUUGCUGUUAUGUCCUAUGAUCGUUUCAUAGCUAUCUGUAAGCCCUUGCAUUACUUGGUAAUCAUGAACCCACAUUUCUGUCUCAAGAUGGUAAUCACAGUCUGGAGCAUUAGUUUGGCCAACUCUGUAGUAUUAUGUACACUCACCCUGAAUUUACCUCGAUGUGGAAACAAUCUUCUGGAUCAUUUCUUGUGUGAGUUGCCAGCUAUGGUCAAAAUAGCUUGUAUAGACACCACAACAGUUGAAAUGUCUGUUUUUGCUUUAGGCAUUGUCAUUGUCCUUACACCCCUCAGCCUUAUUCUUAUAUCCUAUGGCUACAUUGCCAAAGCUGUGCUCACAAUAAAGUCAAAAGCAAGCCAACAAAAAGCAAUUAAUACCUGUGGAUCUCAUCUCACUGUUGUGUCCAUCUUCUAUGGAACUAUUAUCUACAUGUACUUACAGCCAGGUAACAGUGCCUCCCAAGACCAGGGCAAGUUCCUCACCCUCUUUUACACAAUCAUCACUCCAAGUCUCAACCCUCUUGUUUAUACCCUGCGGAAUAAGGACAUGAAGAAUGCACUGAGGAAACUCGUGAGAGUUGACAUGAAUCUACAAAAUUGA